AUGGCCCUCCAGAGGACAGGAUGGAGUGUUAACAAGCUUCUACAUUUUCAGGUUGGCCAAGGGUGUUCUACCUCCCUCUGUGUUGGAGACUGGCUAACUUUGGGGGAAGCUAGGGGUGCAGGGGGAGCUUUCAUUGCCCUGCCUCCACACUGCUGGCCAUCACCUUUUUACAAGCACCCUGAGAAGCCCGCUCACCAAUGGUUGCCAGCAGCCGAUGUGAACCUGUCUGAAUCUGGGGAGGUUGAGGCGCUGGCUGAAGCCCAGAGUGGAGGUCUGCCAACAGCCGAAGGUUACUUUCUGGAGUUUUUGGAGCCGCUGAACAAUAUCACAAUAGUACAGGGUCAGACGGCGACGCUACAUUGUAAGGUGGCUGGCCACCCACGGCCCAGCAUCCGCUGGUUGAAGAACGACGCGCCCGUGGUACAGGAACAGGGUCGCAUCUCCAUACGGAGGACAGAGGCUGGAUCCAAGCUCCGUAUUCAGGAUUUGGACACCACCGACACAGGCUACUACCAGUGUGUGGCAUCCAAUGCUGUCAAAGUCAUCUCGGCCACCGGCGUGCUCUAUGUCCGACUAGGACAGUCUCCAACCCAUGGCCCAGAUGACCCGACACAUGAGAACGGCUUUUGCCAGCCAUACCGUGGCAUCGCUUGUGCCCGCUUCAUUGGCAACAGAAGUAUAUAUGUGGAGUCUCUGCAAAUGCAGGGUGAGAGCGAAAAUCGUAUCACAGCUGCCUUCACUAUGAUCGGAACAUCCACGCAGCUGUCAGAUCAGUGCUCCCAGUUUGCCAUCCCAUCCUUCUGCCACUAUGUCUUCCCCCUGUGUGAUGAGGGGGCCAGAGGCCCACGUCGGCGCCAGCUUUGCCGGGACGAGUGUGAGGCGCUGGAGAACGACCUGUGCCAUGCUGAGUACACCAUUGCUCGCUCCAACCCCCUUAUCCUCAUGCAGCUGGAACUGCCUGCAUGCCACCUCCUGCCACACCCUGGCUCCCCUGAGGCUGCCAGCUGCAUGCGUAUUGGUGUGCCUAUUGACCGACUAGAGACAUAUCAUAGCUGUUACAAUGGUAGUGGGGCGAACUACAGGGGCACAGUUAGUGUCACCAAAUCAGGUUACCAGUGCCAGCCCUGGACUGCCCAGUUUCCCCACAACCAUUACCUGACACCCAUGGAGUACCCAGAGCUCAGAGGUGGGCACAAUUUCUGCAGGAACCCUGGUGGACAAAUGGAGGCUCCUUGGUGCUUCACCCUUGACCCUCAUGUUAGAGUUGAUCUCUGUGACAUCAGGCCCUGCAAACCACCAGAGAAUGUGAAAAAGGAGAUUUUAUACAUUUUGAUACCUAGUAUCGCCAUUCCUCUGGUCAUAGCCUGCCUCUUCUUCCUGGUCUGCAUGUGCCGGAACAAACAGAAGGAAUCCUCAGAUACUCCCCCUCGCCGACAGCUCACAGCAUCUCCCAGUCAGGACAUGGAGUUGCCAUUACUCAACCAGCACAAGCAUCAGACAAAGCUCAGAGAGGUCAACCUCUCUGCUGUGCGCUUCAUGGAAGAGCUUGGGGAAGACCGCUUUGGAAAGGUCUACAAGGGUCACCUUUAUGGCACAGCCCCUGGAGAACAAACGCAGGUAGUGGCUAUAAAAACUGUGAAGGACAAGGACGAUGGAACCCUGCGUGAGGAGUUCCGCCAUGAGGCCAUGCUCCGCUCCCGCCUGCAACACCCCAACAUUGUCUGUCUGCUGGGUGUGGUUACCAAGGAACAGCCAAUCAGCAUGAUUUUCAGUUACUCUGGGCAUGGAGACCUUCAUGAAUUCCUGGUGAUGCGCUCCCCUCACUCAGACGUGGGUAGCUCUGAUGAUGACAAGACAGUCAAGUCUGCUCUGGAGCAGGCUGACUUCCUGCACAUUGUCACACAGAUUGCAGCUGGGAUGGAAUACCUCUCCAGCCACCAUGUGGUGCAUAAGGACCUGGCCACACGUAACAUCCUGGUGUGUGACAAGCUCAAUGUGAAGAUCUUGGACCUUGGUCUUUUCAGAGAGGUCUACUCAGCUGACUAUUACAAGCUGAUGGGCAGCAGCCCCUUCCCUAUCCGCUGGAUGUCUCCAGAGGCCAUCAUGUAUGGUAAGUUCUCAACAGACUCAGACAUCUGGUCAUAUGGUGUGGUACUGUGGGAGAUCUUCAGCUAUGGCCUGCAACCCUACUGUGGCUACUCCAACCAGGAUGUGAUUGAGAUGGUGCGAGGCAGGCAAGUGCUGUCUUGUCCUGAUGACUGCCCAGCCUGGAUCUACUCACUCAUGCUGGAAUGCUGGAGUGAGUUCCCAGCACGUCGACCUCGCUUCAAGGAUAUACAUGCACGUCUGCGCACAUGGGAGAGCCUGUCCAACUACAACAGCUCUGCUCAGACCUCUGGAACAAGUAACACCACCCAGACCAGCUCUCUCAGUACUAGCCCAGUCAGUAAUAUCAGUGCUACUCGUUACGUCAGCCCCAAAAAGGCCUCACCCUUCCCUCAGUCCCAGUUCAUCCCCAUGAAAGGUCAAAUCCGGCCCAUGGUACCGCCACAACUCUAUAUCCCUGUCAAUGGCUACCAACCAAUGCCAGCUUAUCCCUACCUCCAGAACUUCUACCCCAUGCAGAUCCCCAUGCAGAUGCCCCCACAGCAAAUGCACCCACAGAUGGUGGCCAAAGCUGGCUCACACCACAGUGGCAGUGGCUCCACUAGCACAGGCUAUGUCACCACAGCACCCUCCAAUGCAUCUGGCACUGAGCGGGCAGCCCUGCUGAAUGAGGAAUCCAAAGCAGCUGAGGAGGACUUGGCAGAUGGGUCAUCCCAGAAAGGCCUGCACAGUGAGGACCCGUCUGUCCCAGAGACGGAGCUGCUGGGAGACAACGACAUUCUGCAGUCAGAGGACAAUGAAAUUCAUUCAGAAGCAUAG